CUUCGUGAGAAGGAUUUGCUAAAUUAAUAUGUAUUGUUCUCAUUUUCCUAAUGUGACCUGAUGUUAUGUAAAGCAGCUAAUUUACAUUUUUGAUGGCAACAGCAGAGGAGCCCAAAUGGAGAAAUCACUGUUCUGAGUGCAUUAGGAAAGAGAAGGCAGGAGAAGAAACUGAAGGUUUAGGCAUGAAGUGUAGGAAAGAAUAUUUGAUUCAAUAUUCACUGAUAAUCACAGAGACCCAGAAAGGCAUGACAUGGAUUUUGUCAUCAUAGUCUGGCAGUUGGUCUUUUUACUCCUCUUCAGUAGCAAAUUCUGUGACUGCUACGGAAUCAGAUGUGUUGGAAAGUUGAUAGUAGACUCAAAUGUCAUCCCCAUGGGCUCCAACUUGACUGUAGUCUGCCAAUCAGACACUGGGCACUGUGGCAGACUCUUUGCCAUAGAUUACAACGGACAGACCAUUUUCGAAGCAAUGAAUUGCUCUGUAAUAAAAACACAAAUAGUCAUCAAGCAGACCAAAUUUUCACUACUCUGCAAGGUGAAGGAGGGAGACACAUGGCACAGUGUUUGCGGCAGAGAUCUCCAAGCUGGCUACCCUCCAGGUAAACCGAAUAUCAGCUGCGUCACAUACCAACAUUCGGAGUUUGUUAACUGCUCUCUGACGGUCACAACCGAAACACAUUUAUCUACAAACUUCAGCGUAACAUUUCACAACAGUACAUCUCAGUUUCUCCUGUAUAAGAUGGACAAGGACCAUAAUUUCUCUAUUAAACGAUCGCUGUUUGAUGAGAACAUGAAUUACACAGUCCAUGUAAGAGGUCAAAAUGCAUUAGGAGAGUCGCACUAUAAUUUCCCCUUCUCGAUUUGGGACAUUGUGAUUCCAAGCACUCCAGAGAUAACACAAGUUGUGUUUGAAAAUGGUGCUCUUUCUCCUACAAUAUACUGGAAUGGCUCAGAAGAUGUACUGAAACCAAGUAUAAGGUUCAGAAGAGCGCAUAAUGACCAGGAUUGGGACCUGGGAAGAGUAACAGAGCUCCAAGCUGGAUGCAUUUUGAUGCAGGAAACUUUAAAGCCGCUGAUGCUCUAUCAGUUUGAGCUGAGGGUGUGUGUUACUUCAACAAACUGCAGCAUGUGGAGUCAUCCCUUCAAUAUAACCAGCCCUGGAAUAGCACCCUCACACAAACUUGAUGUGUGGAGAGUCAUCAACAGGACCAGUACACAUGGACUUCAGAAUGUCACAGUGUUGUGGAAGCACUAUAAACCAGAAAACUACAGUGGAGAUUUGUUAUAUUACAAGUUAUCUUAUAUAGAAGAAGGCAAGAUCCAUGAACUGAACUGCUCAGCUCAUGUCACCCAUCAGACACUUCAGCUGAGCGUAGCAGAGGUUAACGUGAAUGCUGUGACAUCAGCUGGGUCCUCCCCACCCACACGUGUGAGCUUGCUAUGGACAGACAAACCAGCUCCCAAGAUAACAUAUUCAGUUCCAGCAGCAGGGGGCAGUGUGCUUCUAGCAUGGGACAUGUCUCAUUACAUUGAGGGAGUGGAGGGCAUUCUGGGUUUUGUUGUACAGUGGCAACAAAGCCCAGUGCACUUAGAAUGGAAGAGAUUAGGAAAAGACUAUAAUUUAACAUUGCUACAAGGUAUGCAAGCCGGUGUCCUGUAUAACAUUUCAUUAUAUGCUGAAGAAGCCAGUGGAGUUUCAGAUCCUGCAUUUGUUCAGGUUUAUGCCAGGGAAAAGAAGCCUCUAUCCGGUCCAGAUGUAUCAAUUACGACUGUAGGGAAAAAGCAGAUUUUGAUCCAAUGGGAUGAGCUCGCACAAGAAAAACAAAGGGGAUUUAUCAAAAACUACACCAUUUAUUUCCAGAGACAUAGAGACAAGAGACUUAUUCAGAACCAAAAUGUGUCUUACGCAUUUCCUAGACGUUUGAGUUGGAAGCUGCCUGGUCCACAGGAAUGUUUCGAUAUUCUGGUCUCUGCAUGGAAUUCUGCGGGUGAAGGGCCCAAAGGAAAACCUGCCACCUGCUGUUGUCCCAGCAAACUAUCAUAUCAACCCAGUUCAGACAAGACAACAGGUGGAAUGAUAGCUGGAAUUUGUUUGGCUGCUGCUGUUCCUGUAGUGAUCCUGGCCAACCUGAUGUACCUGAAAUGUGUGCGGCAAAGAAUGAUGAAAAUGUGCAUGUCCAUGGGAGUCAAUUGGAUUUUUGAAAAUUUACCGAAAUUCGAUAACAGCAAUGCUAUAAAACUACUAAAGGAUGACAGCUAUGGCCCCUGGGGACCUCUUUCUGAAGACAACGAUCCUCCCUUAACUCCAAUUGAGGAAGUCGAUCCGUCUUGGGAGAGGCAAGACUCUUAUCCAACUGUUCUUCACGUCACAGAAACGUCCACGACGGACCUGAUUUGCAUUGAUUCUCCUUAUAAACCUCAGUUAUUAACCGCUUCACAGAGAAAUGAAGACGUCUCUGAGACUACAGAGGAAGAACUAAAGGAGGAGGACCAGUUCCCUUUGUUGGUGUCUCCAUCACAUCAUGACUUCAGUUGGGAUUUAACCUGUAUUCCCGUGAAACAUGGGCGUCUUAAUAGCUUCUUAGCCAUGGAUGGAGCACUCGGAUCCUUGGGCGUUCUUGAAGGCCUCCUCUCUCCCCCUCAGAUAGCUUCCAAGAAGGAUGGUAGAGUGGAAGAGAAUGACAGGACUAUGGGAACAGGAGAUGUAGGGCAGAGCACUUUCACAAGUCAAACUGUUCUACCCAUUGACCUGGAGAGCUGCCUCAGACAGCCUGUCUUUAAUUUCAGCCCAUACUCCCCACAAGGGCUUUGCCAUAGUUUUUCAAUUCCAGAAGAGGGUUAGACGAUCUUUUGAACAUGUUUUUAAGAAAUAUCUUGCGGGCAAGAGUACUGCUGAACUGAAUAUCGGGAUGGAUGUGAUUCUGCGGUAAACACAACCAUAUUCAAGCACUUGUAUGAGACCAUCUUGUACAUAAGCAUUAAGGUUUUUUAUGAUUUUACAGUGAUGAUACUCUAUUUUCUGUAUAUUGUCUGCACUUCAUCCAAUGUGUGGCUUUAGUUAGAUGCAUAUGAAUCACUUUGGUUUCCGCACACAA